GGUACGACUGUGCCAGUUAGUUCUGCCACAUCAAAUGCAGCUGUUUCUGGGUCAGCUAAUUCUGCUACAACCAAUGCGGCCGAUUCUGACACGACAGUGUCAUUUGGUUCUGCUACAGAAAAUGGAGGUAGUUCUGCUACAACCAACACGGCCGUUUCAGGUACGACACUGUCAGUUAGCCAUACUACAACCAACUUGGCCGAUUCUGGUACGACAGUGUCAGUUAGUCCUGCCGCAACAAAUGCGAUUGACACUGCAACGACAAUGACAUUUACUUCUGCUACAACAAAUGGAGCUGAUUCUGCUACAACUAAUUCAACCGCUUCUGGGGGUGUUACAACUACAACGGGUUCUGAUACAAUUAAUUCAACAGGAGGUGUUACAACUACAACGGGUUCUGAUACAAUUAAAUCAACAGGAGGUGUUACAACUACAACGGAUUCUGAUACAAUUAAUUCAACAGAAGGUGUUACAACUACAACGGAUUAUGAUACAAUUAAUUCAACAGGAGGUGUUACAACUACAACGGAUUCUGGUACAACGGGACCUAUUUCAACUACAGCGGAAUCUGGUACAACUACAGCUGAUUCUGGCACAACGGAUUCUGAUACAAUUAAUUCAACAGGGGGUGUUACAACUACAACGGAUUCUGGUACAACGGGACCUAUUUCAACUACAGCGGAAUCUGGUACAACUACAGCUGAUUCUGGCACAACGGAUUCUGAUACAAUUAAUUCAACAGGGGGUGUUACAACUACAACGUCUUCUGAUACAAUUAAUUCAACAGGAGGUGUUACAACUACAACGGAUUCUGAUACAAUUAAUUCAACAGGAGGUGUUACAACUACAACGGAUUCUGAUACAAUUAAUUCAACAGGGGGUGUUACAACUACAACGGAUUCUGAUACAAUUAAUUCAACAGGGGGUGUUACAACUACAACGGAUUCUGAUACAAUUAAUUCAACAGGGGGUGUUACAACUACAACGGCUUCUGAUACAAUUAAUUCAACAGGAGGUGUUACAACUACAACGGAUUCUGAUACAAUUAAUUCAACAGGAGGUGUUACAACUACAACGGAUUCUGGUACAAUUAAUUCAACAGGAGGUGUUACAACUACAACGGAUUCUGAUACAAUUAAUUCAACAGGAGGUGUUACGACUACAACGGAUUCUGGUACAAUUAAUUCAACAGAAGGUGUUACAACUACAACGGAUUAUGAUACAAUUAAUUCAACAGGAGGUGUUACAACUACAACGGAUUCUGGUACAACGGGACCUAUUUCAACUACAGCGGAAUCUGGUACAACUACAGCUGAUUCUGGCACAACGGAUUCUGAUACAAUUAAUUCAACAGGGGGUGUUACAACUACAACGGCUUCUGAUACAAUUAAUUCAACAGGGGGUGUUACAACUACAACGGAUUCUGAUACAAUUAAUUCAACAGGGGGUGUUACAACUACAACGGCUUCUGAUACAAUUGAUUCAACAGGAGGGGUUACAACUACAACGGAUUCUGAUACAGUUAAUUCAACAGGAGGUGUUACAACUACAACGGAUUCUGAUACAAUUAAUUCAACAGGGGGUGUUACAACUACAACGGCUUCUGAUACAAUUGAUUCAACAGGAGGUGUUACAACUACAACGGAUUCUGAUACAAUUAAUUCAACAGGAGGUGUUACAACUACAACGGAUUCUGGUACAAUUAAUUCAAAAGGAGGUGUUACAACUACAGCGGAUUCUGGUACAACGGGACCUAUUUCAACUACAGCGGAAUCUGGUACAACUACAGCUGAUUCUGGCACAACUACAGCUGAUUAUGGCACAACAAGUUCUGCGGUUUAA